AUGACCACUCCAGCCGCGACGACGCCGCGCGUGGCUACGCAAGUCGCGGUCGCAGCGGCCGGAGCCGCUCUGGCCUACUACGUGGGCGCCCGCGCCAAGAGUGCAAAACGCGCUUCCGCUCAACGCCGUGCCAAGGCAGUGGCCGAGGCCAUGGCGACAGUGCUGCCCACGGACGUGGCGGCCCACAAACUCACUUCGGUGGUCGUGCGCGUCCCGGCUACUACCGCAAACAUGGGCCCCGGCUUUGACACGAUCGGGAUGGCGCUGGAUAUCUGGACGGAGAUCGCAGUGGAAAUCGUGGCGCCUCUCGAGGGCGACGCGUUGAACGUGCGCCGCGUGACGCUCACGAACGAGGGCGAAGGCGCCGCCGAGUUGCCAAAGGACGAUACGAAUCUCGUUGUUGUGGGGCUGAAAGCUGCGUUCGCAGCUGCAGGGGGAGAGAUGCCGCGCCAUGUCAAGGUGCACUGCAAGAACCGCAUCCCUUUUGCUCGGGGACUGGGCAGCAGCUCGGCUGGCAUCGUGGGCGGGAUCAUUGCUGGCCUUGCUUUAAGUGGCAUGCGCUUGCCAGUGCAAGGAAAGGAGGAGCUGCUGCAACUUGCGUCCGAGAUCGAGGGACACCCGGACAACGUCGCUCCUGCUAUCUAUGGCGGUCUGCAGCUCGGUAUCUUUGCUGACAACCGCUGGUACUCGUCGCGUGUGCAGAUCCCGGACGGUCUGCAGUGUGUCGUGUUUAUCCCCGACUCGACGGGUCCCACAAGCGUGGCCCGUGCUAUACUGCCGCCUAACGUGUCCCGCCAGGAUGCCGUGUUCAACAUUGGUCGCACGGCCAUUUUCGUGAACGCAUUCCGAUCGGGCAACCUCGAUGAGCUUCGGUUCGCCACGCAAGACAUGCUCCAUCAGCCACAGCGUGGUGCCGCGCAGUAUCCGCAUCUCGAACCACUCAUUAAUGCCGCUCUUGGAGCUGGUGCGCACGGCUGCUUCCUCAGUGGUGCCGGACCUACCGUCCUGGCUAUAACCAGCGGUCGUGCGGGGGAUAUUUUCACGCAGCAACUGGCUGAGCGCCAGGAGAACAAGGUCGCCAAUGCCAUGAGGGAGGCUGCUGCUGCUAUGGGUGUUCCCGGAUGUGUGUUCAUCACCAACCCGGACCACCGCGGCGCCUUCAUUGUUCGUGCGGAGCCGCGCUAUUCCGACCGCUCGGUCGCGCGCUAUGAAGGUGACAUUGCCGACUUGUAA